AUAGUGACACCAAAAAGUAUUUUAACGUAACCUAGAUAUUUUUUCUAGGUUCUCUAAAAUUAAAUAAAAUGGUUUUCACUACUGCAGUUAAUUUUAUAAGAAGUCGAGGACCAGAUGAGUUCUGGAGGAAGCGAAAGAUUUUCAAAUUAGCAGCUCAUUUCCAAGGAAGAAAACGCAAUUGUUAUAGUAUCACAAUCAGAUAUGUUCAUAGGGCUUUAGUAUAUGCCACUAAGGGCAGAAAACUGAAGAAGGUGGACAUGGCUAAUUUAUGGGAGCAAAGGAUUCUUUCUGGAUGUGAACAACAUGGAGUUACUUAUCCUUUAUUUAAGGAAUCACUUUCUAGAAGUGGUGUGAUGUUGAAUAGAAAAACUUUGGCAGAUUUAGCAUGCUGGGAACCUCAAUCAUUCAAAGCUUUGACAGAUAUUGCUCAGGCUAGAGCAGCUCAAGAUGGCUUGAAUGUUUCUAAAAGCCUUGAACCGCCAUCAGGUGUUGUUACUAGAGGAAUGAUUAAAUAAUGUACCAUGUAAAUACCUUUGUAGUAUCCAUUUUAAUUAACUUUUAGUAAUUGGAAAACCCGUUUUUCAUAUAAAAAGUAAUAUAAUCACA